AUGACUUCACCAAACUGCUUGCUUGUUUUUUCAGAGCUGCAUACUGUUAAAGAGACACUACACACCACAGAUGAAGAGGUGGGAGCCUUCACCAAACUGAUUGAGGCCAUAGGCUUCACCGGACCCCUCAAAUACAACAAAUGGAAAAUUAAGAUAGCUGCCUUGCGCAUGUAUACAUGCUGUGUAGAAAGAAUCAACUAUGACCAAUUUUUUGAAAAGUGCUCUCUCCCUGACACGCUUAACUCCUGGUUCUUGGUGGCACAGCUCCACGUUUGGAUGUGUCUGGUCCGGAUGCGGCAGGAAGGCAGAGCUGGGAAGUACAUGUGCCGUUACAUCGUCCACUCCAUGUGGGAGGACGUGGAGCAGAGGAGCAAGAUUAUGGGAAUCGAUGCCAUUCAAAGAAAGGAGAGCAUGAAGGUGAUGACGGAGACAUUCUACGCUGCACUUUUUGGUUAUGAUGAGGGAAUACUGUCAGACGAUUGCGUUCUUGCGGCGGCGCUCUGGAGAAACGUGUUCAACAGACAGUGUGAAGACCCCAGACAGCUCGAGCUGAUGGUCGAAUACGUCCGCAAACAGAUGCAGUUCAUCGAUGCUCUGGAUGGGGAGGACCUGCUAUUAACUGGAGAAGUGAAAUGGCGCCCCCUGGUGGAAGAACACGCCCGGAGCAUCCUGAAGGUUCCCAGCCCGACCUACAAUGAUGCUGGACUCUGAGAGCCAU